AGCAUCUGGAUAGUGAAACAACGAUACCAGGCCGCAAGACGUUUGCCAUUACCGCCUGGACCGCCUGGACGUUGGCUAUUAGGAAAUACGAUGCUAAAGUCAUAUGCGCCAUUUCAAUUCGCGAGAUGGACAGAACAAUACGGACCUGUGUUCUCGCUCAAACAGGGCCAUAGGAUUGUCGUAGUUAUAGGACACCAUCAGGUCAGCGUAAAACAAUACAUUGUCUAG